UUCAUAUCUUUUCCUUCUUCGUUUCUUCUCCGACUCAGUGAUUGUUCUUCUUCAACGAUUUCCAUCUUUGAUUCAAUCCAUGGACCGUCUCCCCAAUCUCGUCAAGGAGGAGUUUCCCGGCUAAUGGCCUCAUGCCCUCCUCCUCCUCCUCUUCUUCUAGCUUCCUUCCUCGCCCCAUGGAUGGUCUUCAUGAGCUUGGGCCUCCGCCAUUCCUCACCAAGACCUUCGAUGUUGUUGAUGAUCCCUCCACUGACCGGGUUGUCUCUUGGAGCAGGACUAACAAUAGCUUUGUUGUUUGGGAUCCUCACACCUUCGCCUUGACUCUGCUUCCCCGAUACUUCAAGCACAACAACUUCUCUAGCUUCGUUCGCCAGCUCAAUACCUAUGGUUUUAGAAAGGUUGAUCCAGAUAGGUGGGAGUUCGCAAGUGAGGGAUUCCUCAAGGGCCAGAAGCAUCUCCUCAAGACAAUCAAGAGGAGGAAGCCACCUUCUCAUGCUCUUCCUCCCCAGCAGCAAGCUCUUGGGCCAUUCCUUGAGGUUGGAAGGUUUGGGUUGGAUGGAGAAAUUAAUAGGCUAAGGCGUGAUAAAAACAUGUUGAUGUCAGAGAUUGUUAAGUUGAGGCAAGAGCAGCAGAACACCAGGGCUCAUCUCCAGGCUCUAGAAGUGAGACUACAAGGAACAGAGCAAAAACAACAACAGAUGAUGACGUUCUUAGCUCGAGCAAUGCAGAACCCGGACUUCUUACAACAAUUGAUUCAGCAGAAAGAAAGGAGGAAAGAACUUGAAGAAGCCAUGACCAAGAAGAGAAGGCGACCAAUAGACAGAGUGCCUGAUCCUGGUGGUGCAGAAACUAGUGGAAGUCGGGACCUAGAGACAGAGUUGCGGGAUCUUUAUGGAUAUCAAGUCACUGAACUGGAGAAUUUAGCUCUGGAGAUUCAGGCUUAUGACAGGAAUAUUGAUGGUGAGGAAGCAUAUGAUGAGAAGCAAGGUGGUGCAGGUGAACUGACAGAUGAUUUCUGGGAGGAGUUGUUGAAUGAAGGGAUCAGUGAGAAGAGUGGAGCAGAACUUCAAGGGCAAGAUGAUGAGGAUGUGAACUUUUUGGCUGAGAAACUGGGCUAUCUCAGUUCCACCAGCCCAAAGUAGUAGGGAAGGCUUCAUUCAAUCAACUGAUUACCACUAAUUGUUCCUUAACCAGUUUCUUGUUUCAAUAAUAUCAGCCUGUCUUGAUCAAGUCAGAUUCAUUCCAGGUUGUUUUUUGUUACUGGCAGGACAACUUAGAUAUAGCUUGGUAGAUUUUAGAGAGCAAGGCCACGAACUGAGCUUCUUUCUAUCCAUCCUCUAACUACACCACUGAUCUCAUCUGUUGUUCCAUUUCGUGUUUAGGCUAUUACAUUCAUCGCCCUUUAUGCCUUUUUCUUUUUCAAUCUUGAGCAGAUUGCAGAGUUCCAGUGACAAAUACAUGCAAAUUUAAUCUGAGGAGCUUAGAAGCAUGAUGGGAAAGCUGUUUCACUGAUUCAAAGUAGUACUGAUGUGGCAUUGCUGGAGAGGCUGCUGUUGUAUGGCUAGAGUUUGUGCUUUUUGUUGUGGAUGUCUUCUUUGUGGUUAAUGUUGACACCAUUUAGCUUUUUGUUCAAAUUUGACUAGAGAAGGCUGCUGCAGUGUUCAUUAAUCCUAUUCCUAUCAGAAAUGAUUGAAAUUCUUGUUGUAGCGUUGCUGUAGAGGCUGUUGUUGUAUGCUAGAAUUUGUGUUUUGGUUGUGGAUGUAUGUAUGUAUAUAUGUAUUAGUUGUGUCUUAUUUUGACUCCUGGUUCUUUUGUAUCAAUUCUUACUAUUUUUUUUAAACUGCAAUAAAUUUUUUUCUGGUUUUUCUU